AUGCAGGCAGCCUCAGACUUGAACUGUUCUGCAGUAAGGAAGAAAUCUGAGACCUGCAAGAAACUCUGGGUCUUCGCAGAGGUUUUCCGUAUGCAAGUUCAGCUGUGCUCGAGCACAAGAAGGACGUUUUACACAAUGAUCUCCAAAAAGACACUGAAAUUACCCUUAGAGCUCAUGAGUUAUGACCUGCAGAGCAGCAAAGAAGAGAAGCUGUCCCAUGAACAGAUCAGUCCUUCUGGGAGACUGGCGGCUCACGCCACCGGGGAGCGCUGGGGGUGCGGCUCGGCCCUGGGGAGGGACGGCUGCUUCCGCGGGGGGUACCCCCGCUUGCGGGAGGGUCUGGUGAGGGGGAUCCGCAGAGCGCUUCACCGCUUGGAGUCUGGCUGCAGCCCUGCGGUAUCCCGGACCCUGCCUCCUGCUUUGCCCCAGCCCGGUUUUCGCAUUUUUCUGUUUCCAGAUGAAGCCGACAGAGUCACUGCUAGAACCAAGCAUAUAUCUGGGUCUCCGAGACACAAAAGUUUGAAGAAGAUGCACUUCAUCAAGAACAUGAGGCAGUAUGACACCAAGAACAGCAGGAUAGUGUUAAUCUGUGCUAAACGAACACUGUGUGUGGCUUUUUCUAUCCUACCUUACGGGGAGAGUUUACGGAUCAGUGAUCUAAAAAUGGAAGGACAGAAGCAACGACAUCCUUCUGGGGGAGUUUCAGUCUCUACUGAGAUGGUGCUUGGACUGGAAGGAGUAGAGCUGGGUGCUGAUGGCAAGGUUGUGUCCUAUGCAAAAUUCUUGUACCCGACCAAUGCCCUAGUUGUUCGCAAAGCUGACAGCCAUGGUGCUGUUCCCUCAUGUCGAGCUAGUGCUUCACGGAGUCUUCCUGCAUCAAGAUAUAAACCUGUGACAGCAAAAACGAUACCAGCAACAACAGACAUUGGAAGUGAAGCUGGGGAAGCCGCAGAGUAUGAUCCAAAUCUUCUGGAUGAUCCUCAGUGGCCCUGUGGGAAACAUAAACGUGUUCUCAUCUUUGCCUCUUACAUGACUACAGUCAUAGAAUAUGUGAAACCCUCGGACCUUAAGAAGGAUAUGAACGAAACCUUUAGAGAGAAGUUUCCUCAUAUCAAGUUGACACUGAGCAAAAUUAGGAGUUUAAAGAGAGAGAUGCGGAACCUGAGUGAAGAGUGCAAUCUGGAGCCGGUUACUGUCUCCAUGGCGUAUGUUUACUUUGAGAAGCUCGUCCUCCAAGGCAAACUCAACAAACAGAACCGCAAACUGUGUGCUGGUGCUUGCGUUCUGCUUGCAGCCAAGAUCAGCAGUGAUCUCAGGAAACAUGAAGUGAAACACCUUAUAGACAAACUAGAAGAGAGAUUCAGAUUCAACAGAAGAGAUCUCAUCGGUUUUGAGUUCACCGUCCUUGUAGCUUUGGAACUGGCUCUCUAUCUUCCUGAAAACCAAGUUUUACCUCAUUACAGACGGCUCACGCAACAGUCUUAACCAAAGCUGCGCUCCAGCUGACAGCCAGUGGCGCUGGGGAUCGCAUCACUGACUGCUGCUGGUGACGUUGCCACUGGCCUUUUCUGUGCCGCUGUGUGCAUCCUGCCCUGGCUACAGCUAGUUGUGAAGUCUGCAGCGUGUUAUUAAACUGUCAAGGUGUGCAUUGUGGACACGUAUGCCAAGUCUGGGGAAUGGUACGAGAAGAGUUAUUGAACUUUAUUUUCUUUUGGACAUUUAAAGCACAAAUAUUCACCAGUCAGCUGUCAUGGCUGCUUUUAUUAUUCCUUAUUUAUCUUUUUGGUUUUACUAAAACUGUUCUUCCUUAUGAAGAAUACUAUGGUAUUGUUUCUUUUUUAUUUUAAGCCUUUAUUGUAUUCCUUGAGACUAAAGGAAGCAUCACUUCCAUUCCAGUGCACCAUAAAGUUCAGAUGUUUCUAAGAAUCUUCUGGCAUUUUUACAUUAAUGAAAUGCAUACUUUAUUUUUUUAAAGAUGUGCCUAAAACUGGUCUGGUACCAGUGCUUUUUAAGUUAGUUAUGUUAUUUAGUGGGAAACCCUGAAUUUGUAUAGCCAUUUAUUCUUUACCUGCAUUGGCCUUGCAUAUAAGGAGAAACAAUUCCAGUAUAUCUGCACUAACAAUACACAGGGCAUCUAUUCUCUACUAUACUAUAGAUCUAUAAGUAGCAAGAUUGAAAUUACUCCGUUCCAAUUUAGUUAACUAUUAAUACCUU